AUGUUUAUCUUUGUUGGCUGUAAUUAACUGCUGCUUUUACUUUUUAACUGCCAUGGUUUUACUGACCCUUUAUAUAUGUUCAGCUUCUAUUCAGUUUCAAAGAAUCUUCCUCCGCACCAACCUUCUGCUGCCUUAAGUGCUGAAGAACUUGUAGGAUAUGAAUCGAAGAGUGAGGCAGAAACGUGAAUGUAGUUGGGAAAAAGAUCAGACAAACAUUAAUUCGAAGACCCCUAAGUGUGGAUGUUUGACUUCAGCUACUAUUUCUGGAGUUGAUUGGACAACGUUGCCUUAUGAUACAGUUAUUCAACUCUUCUCUUAUUUAAACUAUCGAGACCGAGCUAGCUUGGCAUCAACUUGUCAAACAUUUAGGCUUUUAGGUUCUUCGCCUUGUUUAUGGGGGUCGCUGGACCUCCGCUCUCACAAAUUUGACACUGCAGCUGCCGUCUCACUCUCCCCACGAUGCAAGAAUCUCCAGAGACUUAAAUUUCAUGCAGCUGGCUCAGCAGAUGCAAUAGUCAGUCUUCAAGCAAGGGAACUUAGAGAAAUUAGUGGUGAUCUCUGCCGGGACAUUACAGAUGCUGCACUUUCAGUGAUAGCAGCAAGACAUGAGAUGCUUGAGAGUGUCCAUUUUGGUCCAGAUGCUUGUGAGAGAAUCAGCUGUGAUGCAAUAAAAGCACUUGCAUAUUGCUGCCCAAAGUUGCAGAGGCUUUGGAUGUCAGGUGUUAAGGUCAUUAAUGGAGAUGCUAUUAAUGCUUUGGCUAUGCAUUGUAGGCAGUUAAAGGAUGUUGGGUUUGUGGAAUCAGACAACAUUGAUGAAGUGGCUCUUGGAAACUUGAAUUCGGUUAAAUUUUUAUCAGUUGCAGGGACUAGAAACUUGAAAUGGGGAUCUGCAGCACACGUUUGGAGUAGAUUGCCUAGCUUGGUAUGUUUAGAUGUUUCUAGAACUGACAUAAACCUAAGUGCUGUUACCGGAUUUCUCUCAUCGCCCCAAAAUUUGAGAGUAUUGUCCGCCUUGAAUUGCCCAGUUUUUGAGGGUGAAGUUGACAGUAUCUCGAUGUAUAAUCAUAAAGGCAAAAUAUUUCUUACUUUUCUGAGUGACAUGUUCAAGGGAGUGACAUCAUUAUUUGCCGACUACUCUAAAAAUGUUACUGAUGUGUUUCAGUACUGGAGGAAAUUAGUGAAUAGAGAUAAAAACGUGGAUGAAAUUGUUGUUUGGAUUGAAUGUGUCUUUUCGCAUUCACUUUUGCGUAUCGCUGAAAACAAUCUGAAGGAGUUUGAUGAUUUCUGGCUCACACAAGGGGCAGCCGUAUUACUCAGUUUGUUGCAAAGUUCACAGGAGGAAGUUCAAGAAAGAAUGGCUACGGCUGUUGCAACCUUCGUAGUCAUUGAUGAUGAAAAUGCUACUGUUGAUUGCAAAAGAGCUGAGGCAAUCUUACAGGGGGAUGGAAUAAGGGUGCUUUUGAACCUUGCAAGAUCUUGUCAAGAGGGGCUUCAGUCUGAAGCAGCUAAAGCCAUAGCAAACUUGUCCGUAGAUUCAAAAGUUGCAAAAGCUGUUGCUGAAAGUGGAGGAAUCAAUAUUCUUGCCAACUUAGCAAAAUCAAUGAACAGAUUGGUAGCUGAAGAAGCUGCUGGGGGGCUGUGGAAUCUUUCUGUUGGGGAUGACUACAAGGGUGCCAUUGCAAAGGCUGGUGGUAUAAAAGCUUUAGUUGACCUUAUAUUCAAAUGGCCUUCCAGCACUGAAGGGCUUCUUGUAUGCAUCUUUAACUUUUCAUUCCUACACAUAUUUGUAUUAUUGUUGGAGCUAAAUUGUCAGCUUUGCUAUAUGAAGGAACGUGCAACUGGAGCACUGGCAAACUUGGGAGCUGAUGAGAAAUGCAGCUUGGAGGUGGCUGUAGCAGGUGGAAUCCAUGCAUUGGUGAUGCUUGCUCGCACUUGCAAAUUUGAUGGAGUGCAAGAGCAGGCUGCUCGUGCCUUGGCUAAUUUGGCUGCUCAUGGGGAUAGCAACAGCAAUAAUGCUGCAAUCGGACAAGAGGAAGGUGCGCUGGAAGAGCUGGUGCAACUUACCUAUUCUCAAAAUGAAGGUGUUAGGCAGGAAGCUGCUGGUGCUUUGUGGAAUUUGUCAUUUGAUGAGAAAAAUCGGGAAGCAAUUGCGGCAGCUGGUGGUGUUGAGGCACUGGUUUCCCUUGCUCAAUCUAGCUCAAGUGCAUCCCGAGGUCUUCAAGAAAGAGCUGCAGGUGCCCUUUGGGGAUUGUCAGUAUCAGAAACUAACAGCAUUGCUAUUGGAAGACAAGGUGGUAUUGCUCCACUUAUUGUCUUAGCACUUUCAGAUAUUGAAGAUGUUCACGAGACUGCUGCUGGAGCACUCUGGAAUUUGGCCUUUUAUCGUGAAAAUGCUCUCCAUAUAGUACAAGAUGGUGGAGUUAAACCUCUCGUUCAUCUAUGCUCUUCAUCAAUCUCUAAAAUGGCUCGUUUUAUGGCUGCAUUUGCCUUAGUAUACAUAUUCGAUGGGAGGAUAGACACAUCUGUUCCGGCUGUGCCCUCAUCAUCUGGAAGUUCAAAGACUCUGAACACUGAUGGGGAUGGGAGGAUCGCCUUAAAACAUGUUGAAGACUUUGUGAACUCAUUCUAUGAUCCACAAUCCUUUCAUACUGCAGCUUCAUCAUUGGUCCCCACUGCUUUGGCACAGAUAGCAGAAGCCAUAAGAAUACAAGAAGCAGGACAUCUAAGAUGCAGUGGAGCAGAGAUUGACAGAUUUCUCAGAAUGUUAAGGGACCCUUCUUCUAUACUAAAGUCCUAUUCUGCAUUUGCUCUUUUGCAGGAAAGCGACUAUUCUCUUUAUCCUAUCGAUUAAAAAAUAUAUAUUUGUUUUAUUCUCAUUUUGCAAUACAUUUUGCAGUUUACGUUGCCUGGAGGACGGCAUGCAAUGCAUCAUUCAAGCCUUCUUCAAAAUGCAGGUGCACCGAGAGUCUUACGUGGUGCCGCUGCUGCAUCAACAACACCUAUUCAGGCCAAAAUAUAUGCAAAAAUCGUGCUUCGGAACCUUGAGCAUCACCAUGAACUCUCAAGUUAGCUGUGAGGAUAGUUUCUUCUGAAACUCCCCCAUGGAGAUUGUCAAUCCUCAGAAAAAAGAAAGAAAGCAAAAUCUACUUUGAAUUGAAGCAGGCUCUCUUGUCGUCUUGCUUGAACCAAAACUGCUCCUUUUUGGUUCAAAAUUUUAGACACCUUGUCUUGUCUGGCGUCAUGGAUUACUUGUGGUAAGAAAAUGAAAGAGGGCAUGCAUGUUCAUGAAGAUCAUUAAACUGAAGUUUGUGAGGUUUAGAAAAGAUUUUUUUUUCUUUUUUGUUUAUUUUGCCUAUCAUAACCA